AUGAGUCUGCGGGGUCGUCAUAUUCUAUGGGGAGACUCUGCGCGAGGUAGAAUCGGUAACAACAACUACAUCACCUGUCCAAGGCUCUAUGAUUGGGCGAAUGGACGUGACGUGACACCGCGUCUGGAUGGUAGCGUUACGUGCGCAUUGACCUUCCUCGAAGGUGGGCGUGUCAUCUCUAUCGUGUUCGCCGCUGGGAGUUACGAACUGUGGAUUUCCGACUUGGAGAGCCCGGACUCGGAGGGACGUGCAUCCGUGACCCACAUAUUCCAGUUCACGUUCCCUGCGGCCUGGAGGGUCUACGUCGUACCGGGUGCCUCCGGUACCAAAGUCGGUUUACCGACGGCGAGACUCGCACAGAUCGUGGGAAAUGGUCGUAGCUGCUACUUCGACCACGACGAUUGGGUUCCCUUCAUCGUGAAAUUCAUCAUGAUAGACGACCAUGACGUGCGCCCGUUCACACUGCGCGUACCAACCUCUGUCUUCAAGAAGUUUACGGGACGCCCGCGAGAGCCUGAGCAAUUGCCAGUCACGAUACCUUAUGCCGCAUGGAGUGAUGGUGUGGUUUUCGAGGAGUCUGAGGGACUCCCAUUCGACUCGGAUACAUAUCGCCAGGCUCCCCAUCGUAUACACGGCUCGCGUUUAUACUGGUGGUACUAUGGAGACAACGCGCUACACGUUGUGGACCUACACCCGCGACGGUUGGCAUGGCUUACCAAAGACCCGAAUGUACGCUUCCGCGAUACGACCUUUGAAGUGCCGAACGAUGCACGCAAGCCCAAUGCUCCUGAUGGUCCAUCUUGCGAGAUGUACUUUAGCGUAUCGGGAGAUUGUUUGGUUGUACAGGAACAUGGACAUUUGGACGACGCCGAUUUCGACGAUGAGAGAGGGCCUACUUAUUCAAUCGCUGUCUACAGUUUUGUGUAG